AAGAAAAAAAAACACCUUAUUUUUCUACUAUUAAUCUUCUGUGCUCCGCAUUGUGUAGAAUCUCGUACGAGUUGUCACUGGCAAUCAACUGACUAGAGAGCGGGAGGGAAAGCGAAGGAGAGGGAGUUUUUUUGAGAUCUUUCUUUUGCUUUGCUCUCAAUAAUUAUCAGCAAUGGCGGAUGAACCGUCCCUCACUCGCUGGUCAUUUCAGGAUUUUAAAAUUUGUUAUGAUGCCAAGUUUGGGAGAAAGAAACCAACAGAAUCAUCUCAAAACGGUCAAAGCACUGAAAAGCCAGUUUCUAAUGGGAGCUCAUCCAAUGGCUAUGGUCAGAGGGAAAUCUCCAUUUAUGAGCAGUACCAGAACCAGGCCAGGAACACAGCUCACUUGAAUGGAAAUUUCUCCAAUGAAAGUAAUGGGAUACUGCAGAAGCCGCUGCUUCCUUCUUUUGAAUCAACUGAAACUCGUGCUUUAGCUGAGAGCUUAUGCAGGGAUAUAAUUCGUGGGAGUCCAAAUGUUAAAUGGGAGAGCAUCAAGGGGCUAGAUAAUGCCAAACGUUUACUUAAAGAAGCAGUUGUCAUGCCGAUAAAAUAUCCCAAGUAUUUUACUGGCCUUCUAUCACCAUGGAAGGGUAUUCUUCUUUUUGGCCCACCAGGAACGGGAAAGACAAUGCUUGCAAAGGCUGUUGCAACAGAGUGUAAGACUACAUUUUUCAAUAUUUCAGCAUCUUCUGUUGUCAGCAAAUGGCGUGGUGAUUCAGAAAAGUUGAUAAAGGUAUUAUUUGAGCUUGCAAGGCACCAUGCUCCCUCAACUAUAUUUCUGGAUGAAAUUGAUGCAAUAAUUAGUCAACGUGGUGAAGGACGCAGUGAGCAUGAAGCUAGUAGGCGUCUAAAAACUGAGCUACUGAUACAGAUGGAUGGUUUGAUGCGGACUGAUGAACUUGUAUUUGUUUUGGCGGCAACAAAUCUUCCUUGGGAAUUAGAUUCAGCCAUGCUUCGGCGUCUCGAGAAGCGAAUCCUUGUACCUUUGCCAGAGCCAGAAGCAAGAAGAGCCAUGUUUGAAGAACUCUUGCCUCCGCAGGCUGAUGAGAAAGGCCUUCCUUAUGAUGCAUUAGUGGAAAGGACUGAAGGAUAUUCAGGUUCAGAUAUCCGGUUACUCUGCAAAGAGACAGCAAUGCAGCCCCUGAGACGAUUAAUGGCACUCCUUGAAGACAGGCGGGACAUAGUGCCCGAGGAUGAACUACCGAAAGUUGGGCCAAUUAGAGCUGAAGACAUAGAGACUGCUUUGAAGAACACAAGACCAUCAGCUCAUCUCUACAAACACCGAUAUGAGAAGUUCAAUGCAGAUUAUGGUAGUCAGAUACUCCAGUGAAGGUACUCCAUCCCUGAUAGCCUUUAUUUAUCACUUGGUGUUCAAGAGUAAUGCGUUCUGUUAUGCCGUGUUGAUGCUCUGACUCCUGCAUUGUUCUAUUCAGUUUCUUAGUAAUUUAUACCAAAUCUAUUUGUUUAUCAUGUGAUCAGGUGCGAAGCAUUUGGUUUUGAUGCUGUGACUAAUGCAUUGUCUUACAUGAUUUUUUUAAUAGUAAUAGUUUUGAAUAUUUAAUUGGAUACUCUAAAUGAUGUAUUAUUUAGUGAUUA